UUGAUGUUUCCUCUCUCUACAGACUAUACGUAUACUGGCGCACGGCAGUCUCGCGUUCUGUCUUGGCGGACUAAGUCGCCCUACUUGGAAAAAGGCGGGAAAAACAGUGCAGUGUACAGUUUGCCAGUUUUAUUUUAAUAAAAAAUGUCACCAAAAAGUACAAAUAGCUGUGAAGAUGAGUGUGAUACAGACGCUCUUAAAUCGGAGGCUGAAGAUGAUAAAGGUGGAUUGGAGGCGAAGAUGUCACUGCUGAACGGAAUCACGGUUAUCGUAGGUUCAAUUAUCGGCAGUGGCAUUUUUGUGUCGCCCACUGGUGUUCUGAAAUAUACCGGAAGUGUCAAUGCUAGUCUUCUAGUUUGGAUAACAUCAGGAGUUUUCAGUAUGGUGGGUGCCUACUGCUAUGCUGAGUUGGGAACUAUGAUUCGACAGAGUGGUGCUGAUUAUGCCUACAUCAUGGAGACAUUUGGGCCUUUCGCUGCUUUUAUUCGAUUGUGGAUCGAAUGUAUGAUUGUUAGACCUUGUUCGCAAGCGAUCGUUGCGCUGACAUUCAGUGUCUACGUCCUGAAGCCGAUAUUCCCAGAGUGUCAACCACCUGACGAGGCCACUAGAUUACUGGCUGCUUGCUGCAUAUUGCUAUUGACGUUUAUAAACUGUUGGUCUGUACGUGCGGCAACGAGGGUGCAGGACUGGUUCACAUACGCAAAGCUCUUGGCGCUCUUCAUCAUCAUCGCUGCUGGAAUAUACCAACUGUGCACAGGGCACGUAGAGCAUUUCACAUUUGAAGGUACAACAAAUGACGUCACUUCCAUUGCGUUAUCAUUCUAUUCCGGUCUCUUCGCUUAUAACGGAUGGAACUACUUAAAUUUCAUAAUAGAAGAACUUAAGGAUCCGGUUCGGAACUUACCUCGUGCCAUCGCUAUUUCCUGUACUCUUGUGACCAUCGUUUAUACACUCACUAAUGUGGCCUUUUACACCACACUAUCUCCUACUGAGGUACUCGGUUCAGCCGCGGUAGCAGUAACAUUCGCUGAGCGAUUGUUCGGUGCAUUUGCACUAUGUAUACCAUUGUUCGUAGCUGCGUCUACAUUUGGCGCUGUCAACGGAGUAUUACUUACGUCUUCCAGAUUAUUCUACGCGGGUGCAGCGCAAGGCCAAAUGCCUGCAAUGUUAACGAUGGUGUCUUCUCGUGCGACACCUGUGCCUGCUGUAUUAGCCGUGGCGCUUUUGUCGCUUCUCUACUUAACUGUAUCAGACAUACAGGCUCUUAUUAACUAUGUUGGAUUUGCUACAUGGUUGAGUAUCGGUGCGGCCGUGCUAUGUCUGCCAGUUCUUCGGUAUACACAGCCAAAUCUUGAACGACCCAUCAAAGUCAACCUUUUCUUCCCGAUCCUGUACAUAAUCUGCACAAUCCUAGUAGUGGCAUUUCCAGCUGUAGCAUCUCCAGCUGAAACGGGCGUCGGCUGUCUCAUGAUACUUACAGCUGUACCGGUUUAUUUACUUCUGUUGGAGCCUAGGACUAGGCUGACAGGACUCGGAUCACUUACUGAUGCAGCAACGCGUUUAAUACAGAAGUUAACAUUAUCGGUGCGACCAAAAACAAAGUAAUUAACCACAGACUACAAUUCGGACUGACAGCCACAAUGAACUAUGUAUUCUUCCUCUUCAAUGUAUUAUUUUAUUUUGAAUGGGAUCAAAACCUCAAAAGUAGUGUCGUAUGAAUUACUUUGUCUGUAUUUGCUAAAAAACAUAUUUACCAAGAGAUGGUAAAAUUAUUAUAACGAUUUGGGAAUGAACUAUAUAUAGUUCAAAUUAGAGAGAUCUGAUGUUUAUGAACAUGUCGACGAAUAACUAUUAUCAUAGCUAUAAGUAAAAUUAAGUUUGAGAACAUUUUUUUAAAGCUGGAGCUCAUGAUCAUUAUUAAGAAAAAAGCUUUAAGAAUGCAUUUGAUGUUUGAUAGUUAUCUGAUAAAAAUAUAUACACGACAGGUUUCAAGCAUAUUUUGUUAACGCUUUUAGAAUAAUUAACAUUAUAACAAUAUUCUUUCCCUUUGGCUCUAACACUGUUUGUGCAUUAGCCAGAACAAUAUUCUUUGUACUGAAAUUGUAAUACAAUUAUGAAGUUCUUCAUAAUCUGUAAUGACCAAUCACAAAUGUGUAGCGAUUUGACAUUUAAAACGAUUUAGAUUCACACAAGUUCAAAUGUGAAUAAAAUUUCCAUCUAUUGUCUAUUUCUAAUUCGUUCGCGCUUGGACAUGUCUUAAAUCUUUGCCUGAAUGUUGUAUCUUUGUCAAUAUUGUGUAAUAAUCGUAUAAGAUUGGCUUAAAAUACGUUUAUAAUUUAAAUAAUAAUUGUGUUGUAAAAUUCAUUUGUAUGAAAAAAAUACACUUUGAAGUUUUAAACUUACAAAAUAUGGUUUGUGUUGUUUAAAACAUGGUUCAUUUGCGCGCCAAUAAUUAUGUAUUAAAUAAGUCUUGUUUUCGCCAUUUCCUACUUCCUAAUGUUGGACAAUAUUUUUACUAGAAAUUUUUAUAGCUUUUUUAAAGUAAUCGAGUAGAUAAUAUAGAAUCAUAAUUUUUUACUUAGCUCUGUGACUACAUUUUAGUGACAAAUAAGUACCUCUUAAGGUUAUUUAUCAUUUAUAACAAAAUGGCUGUGUUUAAUUUUACAUUCCAUUAAAGUUAUUUGGAAUAUCGUUUGUAAUGCUUUUAUAAUAAAUAAAUUGCAAAGUUUGUUUAUUUUGUAAAUACGUAUAGCUACUUUCAUACAUGACAUUCCAAAUUAAUUAAGGUUUUUAUUUUAUAAAUAUUCGGCUUACAAAGCGUUGUAGUUGCCAAGGUCGCGGAAUCCAUAUGUUUUUUCUAAUAGUGGUAUAAAGAAGUAACUUUAAGAAGGCAAGAGAAAACUAUACAUUAUGCGUUCUCUAUACACAUUUACUUAAAACAAAUGGCCGUCAUGCAAAAUGACAUAAUUGAAAUAUCAGUAUGAAUAUAAAAAAGCAUUUUUUAAAUAUCUAUGAGCAGUAUUGGCUCUAUUAAGAAAAUAGACGAAUACAAAACAUACAGAAAUCCAAGACCAAAACCGUAGAUAGCGCCGCUAGUAUUUUUAAACGGUUUUAUUUAGCUCAACCCGUUUGUUUUAUUCUUUUUAAUUUCUUCUUGGGUCAAAUUCAGUAAUUCAAAUUUCACCCUCUUCCUGUCAGCCUAUUAAUCUGAAAUUUUGCAUACACUUUGGAUUUUGGUGACAAUACAAUUAUGUUUAUUCAU